UGUCACUGGUCAAAGUUAAACCGGCACUUGAUCUUCUGCCUCUGAACGCAAUCAGUUUGAAAAGGCUGGCUAUAUGUAAGCAGCGAGAGCCUUAUUUUGGAUUAUAAUCUCAGCUCGGAGGAUGCUCACAGGAAGUUUGGACUGUAAUUUGCCAUUUGUAAUGGAUAAUAUUGCAUGAUGAGAUUUGCUGCGGGGGAGGAGCAAUGGGUUUGAUUUGACGAACAGCAUAAAAUCAUAGGGGAAAGAGUUUGAAUGAAGCAAAGACAGAAAAUGGGUCGCUCUGGUGCCUGUGGAGGUGCGGUGAAGAAAUGCAGAACAACCGAAGAGCUGGCGGAGGGAGGCUCUCAAUUCUCACCCAAGGAGCCCCAAACGCAACAAGAUUAUGAAGAUUUGACAUAUCUGCUGGGAAGCAAAACGCUGCGGCUACAUAUUGAAAGCUAGGAUUAGUCGCCCCUUCAUUUCAUUUCCUCUGGCCUGGCCUCAACCAUGAGGCUAGAGCGCGGGCGGCGAGCUUCCCUGGCAAUUACUCUCAACUUCGUGGCUUUGGCUUUCGCCCUGUCAGCGGUGACCACCAGCUACUGGUGUGAGGGCACCAGGAAGGUGGCCAAACCCUUCUGCUCGGGACCGCCUGUGAAGAUGAAGCAGUGGUACUGCAUCCGCUUCAACAGCUCCAACCUCAACGACAGCCGGCAGGUGCAGUACAUCUUUGAGACAGGAGAGGAGAAGUUCAUUCUGAGGAAGUUCCACACUGGGAUAUUUCUGUCCUGUGAGCAGGCGGUCGACAUGAACGGAUUUGACUGUCGAAGCUUUGCUGAUAUUGCACCGGAACGUCAAAGAGGAGUGCUGUGGCUGUGCGUGGUUGCAGAGAGCCUGUACCUCGGUCUGCUCUUCAUAGGCGGGGCUCUGAUGAUCCUGGAGCAGUGUCGCUGCUUCAGCGUCAUGAACAAGUUGAAACUGAGUGCCUUCGCCGCCAUGUGCACCGCUCUCUCAGGCCUUUGUGGGAUGUUGGCCCACAUGAUGUUCACCACCAUUUUCCAUCUUGCUGUCUCCAUCGGACCUGAAGACUGGAGGCCCAAGACUUGGGACUACAGCUGGUCUUAUGCCUUAGCGUGGUGCUCUUUUGGCACCUGCAUGGGCUCUGCAGUGACGACCCUGAACAGAUACACAAAGACCAUCAUAGAGUUUAAAUACAAGCGCCACAGCAUCCAGAAGAACCUGAUGAUCAAGCAGAAGAUGAUGGAGCUCGGCCUCCCGGAGCAGAUGUGGGACAUGUACGUGACGGCUGUUCCUGCUGACGUGGAGACGCUGCCGGAGCCGCUGGAAAACGGCCACAAGCCUUCGACAGGAACGCCGUAUGUGUUUGAGGAAAUGGCCCAUCAGCCAGAGCAACAAGUGGAAGCGUACUGUUAAAAAGGAGAACCCUCACCCGUUUGCUUCCUUGCUUCACAACUAAUGUGCAUCUGCAAGGUUAGGACCGGGUUUGGCUUCUAUUUAACACGCAUUUAACCGAGGUAUCGUCCUUCUGCUUCAACCUGAGCUGAAUCUGCCUUUUAUCCAAGAUGCAUUACAGCUGGAAUUUGCAGCAGAUGCGCUGAGAGGAGCAGCGGUUCUGAAAGUUAGGAGCUGCGGCAGCUCUCAUGGAGUCACGGCUGUCUCGCUGUACCGAAGUAGGACUCUUUAAAGGACUUUAAACCUUCCAGGUUGGAGGUUAAAUGGCUGAAAAGAGACAUGAAGCAGCUGCAAAGCUGCACAAACUGACCUCUGACUGUUUUUUAACGGGUCCCCGCUGCUGUUAGAAGAUGUGAAUUAAAAAAAAGGUGCAAUGCA